AUGCUGUAUCAGAAUACUACGUGCCCCUUUUGGGUAUUCGAUGAUAUAACAAGGUGUUCAAGAGAUAAUUAUUUAGAUUUUGGCAUACCGCUAAUAUUAUUAAUAGCAUCAUCGCUGAUUUUAGUGGUUAAAAGUACGAAAUCUAUAUUAAAGAGAGAUAAGACUAUCAAACUACAAGAAGGGGAAACGAGACCUCUCUUGUCUAAUUCUGGGGCGUACGGGACGAUUGAGCAAGAAGAACCCAGGAAAGAUGCGAUUAAAAAAGCUCAUUUCGACCUUAAUGGAUUGAGCGAUACUAAUGAGGAUGGUUCACCACAUGGCCAUACCCAGGAAGUGUAUAAGAAUGCAUGUGAAAGAUUCAGAGUGUCUCUUGAGUAUUUACUAGUUGCCUUGCAAUUUGGUAUUGCUCUUUCGUCAUUCUUUGUCAGGGACCUUCGUAAGGAAUGGAGAGCUACACCUUAUGUCCCUGUUACAAAAGCUUUGUUCUGGGCUUAUUUGUUUAUUAUAUGUACUAUCCGUACUAUGAACUUGAAGAAGGUUACCAUUCGUUUACCCAAUUUGUGGGUUCAUUCCACCACAUUAUAUUUCUUCAACUUCUUCCCUUCCAUCCUUAUUUUCAGAUCUGUUUUAAUUGGACAUAUUAAAAAUAAAACAGUUCGUACAUUCUAUAUUACAGAGUUUGUCAUUGCUUCUAUACUAUUAAUAUUGAAUUUCACGGCUACUGUUGGGGAUAAACCUUCACAAUUAUAUAUAACUACUGAUGGUGUCAAGCCAUCUCCAGAGACAGUUUCUAGUAUUUUGUCAUUCGUUACUUAUUCGUGGUUAGAUAAGAUGGUUUUUCAAGCUUAUAAGAAUCCUUUAGAGAUGAAUGAUAUUUGGAGUUUGAGGCGUGAAGAUUAUGCCCUCCUUGUUUUACAGUCAUUCGAAGCUAGUAAAUCGACGGCAAAGUUCACAAUUAAACUUUUUUCCCACUUUAAAUACUUGUUUGCAAUUCAGGCAUUCUGGGCUGUUGUUGAAUCUAUAACAGUAUUCAUUCCAUCAUUAUUGUUGAAGAGAAUUUUAGAAUACGUAGAAAACCCAGUAUCUACUCCAAAGAAUUUAGCCUGGACUCUAGUAUGCUUAAUGCCAUUUAUUAAGAUGCUUGAUUCUAUUGCGUCUGGUUGUUCUUUAUUCUUGGGUAGGAGAGUCUGUUUAAGAAUGAAAGCCAUUCUUAUUGGUGAAAUUUAUGCAAAAGCAUUGAGAAGAAAAAUUACAGUUUCUGAGGUUUCAAAAAAAGACUCUAACAUAGACGACAAGUCUAAAAAGAGUAAGAAAAAUAAAGACAAGAAAACGAAAAACGAUAAAGAAGACCCCAGUAAUACUGCUGAAUUAGGUGCAAUUAUUAAUUUAAUGUCCAUUGAUGCUUUUAAAGUGUCUGAGAUAUGUGGCUAUCUCCAUUUUUUUGUUGGUGCACUUUUUAUGAUCGUUAUUUGUAUUAGCUUGUUGUAUGGUUUAUUAGGUUGGAGUGCUUUAGUGGGGGCUGUUUCAAUUGUUGCGUUAUUACCAAUUAAUUACAAGAUUGCCUCGUACAUAGCUAGUUUACAAAAGAGAAUGUUAGCAAUUACGGAUAAAAGAAUUCAAAAGUUGAAUGAAACUUUCCAAAGUAUUAGGAUUAUUAAAUUUUUUGCGUGGGAAAAUAAAUUCUUCGAAAGUAUUAUGAAAGUCAGAAACGAAGAAAUACAUGAAUUGAGAUUAAGAAUGGCAUGUUGGGCUGCUGGUGCAUUUGUUUGGUUUAUUACGCCAACCAUAAUUACAUUACUUUCAUUUUACUGUUACACUGUUAUUGAAGGUAAUACUUUAACAGCACCUAUCGCAUUCACUUCAUUAUCUUUAUUCACCUUGUUAAGAACUCCAUUAGAUCAGUUGUCUGAUAUGACUUCAUAUGUUGUUCAAUCUAAAGUUUCUUUAGAUAGAAUUGGUGAUUUUUUGAAUGAAGAAGAAACUUCAAAAUACGAACAGUUAGGACAGUCGCCAGGUCCGAACUCCCCAACUAUUGGAUUUGAAGAAGCCUCUUUUGCCUGGAACUUAAAAUCGGAAAAUGAUUUUAAAUUGAGAGACAUAAAUAUUGAUUUUAAAGAAGGAAUGUUGAAUGUUAUUAUAGGUCCCACUGGUUCUGGUAAAACGUCAUUGUUGUUAGCUUUGUUAGGAGAAAUGGAUUUAAUAUCUGGUAAGGUUUUCUUACCUGGCAUUAUCUCAAGAGACCAUUUGGUUAUUGAUCCACGAACUGGUUUGACUGAUUCCGUAGCGUACUGUUCGCAGUCAGCCUGGUUAUUGAAUGACUCGAUCAAAAAUAAUAUUACGUUCUCUUCUCCUUUCAAUCAGAUUCGUUAUGACAAAGUUAUUGAAGCUUGUGGUUUAAAGCGUGAUCUUGAAAUUUUAAGUGCUGGGGAUGCAACUGAAAUUGGUGAAAAAGGUAUUACCUUAUCUGGUGGUCAAAAACAAAGAGUCUCUUUAGCCAGAGCUUUGUAUUCAAAUUCGAAAAAUGUUUUACUUGAUGAUUGUUUGUCAGCUGUUGACUCACAUACAGCUUUAUGGAUUUAUGAAAAUUGUAUCUCGGGACCUUUAAUGGAAAAUAGGACCUGCAUUUUGAUUUCUCAUAAUGUUGCAUUAACUGUUCAAAAGGCUGAAUGGAUUGUUGUUAUGGAAAAUGGUAGAGUUAAGACUCAAGGCAAUCCUGAAGACUUAUUGAAAGCUGGUGACUUGGGAGACGACGAUUUGGUUGCGUCUUCUUUCGCAAAUUCACGUACUCAAUCCUCCGUCAACUUGAAAUCUUUGGAAGAUAAAAACUCAGAAAUGAAAGCUAAAAGCGCCGCGAUUGAAGCUAAGUUACAAACAAUUGCAGACCAACCUGAAGCUGACGUUAAAACUGAUGGCAAAUUAGUCGAAGAAGAGGGAAAGUCUAGUGGUGUUGUUGGAUUCGAUGUUUACAGUGGAUAUGCCAAGCUUCUUGGUGGCAUCCCAACUUGGGCUAUUAUUAUUCUUACUUACACUGUUUCUCAAGCUGUUUACAUGUUCCAAUCAUGGUGGUUAAGAAACUGGUCAUUAGAUAGUGAGAAAUCUAGUCAGUUUCUUAUGAACAAAAUUGCGUUAGCUUCUGUUGGGACAACUUACGAUUUUUCUCAACUUAGACAACUACCAAUUGUUAAUACUAUUGUUGGAGCCUCGGGUUUGGUGGCAUCUACUGUUUCCAGAGUAAACACCUAUAAAGAAGAAAAUAACACUUUAUAUUAUAUUUCUAUAUAUGCUGUUAUCGGUGUCAGUUAUUCAAUCUUUGCAUGCAUUAGAGUUGUUGUCACUUUCUUUGCUGGAAUUCAUGCAUCAAAUAGUAUUUUUAAGAAGAUAUUGACAACUGUUUUAGGAGCUAAAUUGAGGUUCUUUGAUAAAACUCCUCAGGGACGUAUUAUGAAUAGAUUUUCGAAGGACAUAGAAUCUGUCGAUCAGGAGCUUAUGCCAUUUGCUGAAGGUGCAUUCAUUUGCGUUGUGCAAUGUGUUUCUACCUUAAUCCUUAUUACGUUUAUUACUCCAGGAUUUUUGUUUUUUGCAGUAAUUAUCUCCUUCUUAUACUACUUGGUUGGUAUAUUUUAUGUCACUACUUCAAGAGAAUUAAAGAGAUUUGAGUCUGUCACUAAAUCACCAAUUCACCAACAUUUUUCUGAAUCUUUGACAGGUGUUGCUAGUAUUAGAGCCUAUGGUGUUGAAACACGAUUCAUGAAACAGAAUUUGAACUCUAUUGACAAGAAUAAUAGACCAUUUUUCUACUUAUGGGUUGCCAACAGAUGGUUAUCAUUCCGUAUUGAUGCAGUUGGAUCAUUGGUAAUGUUUUUCUCUGGGAUUUUUGUAUUGCUUUCAAUUGGUAAGAUUGAUGCCGGUUUGGCUGGUUUAUCAUUAUCAUAUGCAAUUGCAUUUUCAGAAAGCGCCUUAUGGGUUGUUCGUCUUUAUGCUACUGUUGAAAUGAAUAUGAACUCCGUCGAAAGAUUGCAGGAAUAUUUUACAAUUGACCAAGAACCACCCCAGGAAAUCCCUGAAAAUGAACCUCGUGCUUCAUGGCCCGAAAGAGGUGAAAUUAACGUUCAAGAUGUUUCUUUAAGAUAUGCUCCUGAAUUGCCUAGAGUUAUUAAAAAUGUUACUUUUGAUGUCGAACCCAACAAUAAAAUUGGUAUUGUUGGUCGUACUGGUGCAGGUAAAUCGACUAUCAUCACUGCUUUUUUCAGAUUUUUAGAUCCUGAAACAGGUAGCAUUUUUAUCGAUGGUGUAGAUAUUACAAAGAUAGGUUUGCGUAAUUUGCGUGAAGCAAUUACAAUUAUUCCUCAAGAUCCGACUUUGUUUACAGGCACGAUUAGAUCCAAUUUGGAUCCUUUCGAUCAAUACACUGAUGCUCAAAUUUAUGAGGCGUUGAGACGUGUAAACUUGAUCAGCUCAGAUGAAUUGACAAUCGGUAGUACUAAUGGGUCUAGUGAGAAUCAGAACAAAUUCACCAAUCUUGACUCUGCUGUUAGUGAAGGCGGUAAUAACUUAUCACAGGGCCAGAGACAAUUAAUGUGUUUAGGAAGAUCAUUAUUAAAGAGUCCUAAAGUUAUUUUACUUGAUGAAGCUACUGCUUCCAUUGAUUAUAAAUCAGAUGCCAUGAUUCAACAAACGAUUCGUCAAGAAUUUUCUAACUCAACUAUUUUGACCAUUGCGCACAGAUUAAGAUCAAUUGUUGAUUAUGAUAAGAUCUUAGUUAUGGAUGCUGGUAGAGUGGUCGAAUAUGACAAUCCAUAUGUCCUUAUCUCAAAAAAGAAUUCUUUAUUCUACAGUAUGUGUGAAAACAGUGGAGAGUUAGAUUCUCUUACAAAGCUCGCAAAGGAAACGUAUGUUAAGAACAAAAAUAAAGCCUUGAACGCUUGA